GUGGUGAGGUUUGGAACCACUAACCCGGUUGUACACUUAUCACCAUGGUUGAGGCCCGUAGUGGGACGGAGACUAGUCCCUACACCCCUGAGCAGCAAGCAAAGAUGGCCGCCUUAGUGAAAGAGAACAAGGAGAGAAAAGAGCGCGAGAAGCAGGCGAAGCUAAAGGCUAUCGCAGAUGAGCAGGCGGCGAAGAUGAAGAGGGUACAACAGGAGGAGGAAGAAAGAAGGAAGGCUGCUGAAGCAGAAGCGACAGCAAAAGAAGAGAAAGAGAGAAUGAGAAUUGAGAGUGGGGAAGGGAGUAGUGGUGGCACGAUGAAGUGGGAGACAAAUACUGAGCUGGAGAAGAAGAUCAACGAGUGGGUCGCUAAUUUAUCGUUGGGGGAAGACGAGGAGGCGGAGUCAUAUGUGACUAAGGAUGAGAAGGCUGCGCUGGCCGCUGAGCUAGCAACCAUGACAGACCCAAUGGAACGAAGAGAGAGGGAAGACGAGCAAAAGUUAGCAUGGAAGUUGAGAAUGAAGAAUGAGAAGAAGAGGAGGAGAGAGGAAGUGAAUAAGAUGACCGCAACAGUGGCAAAGGUGCAGGAGUGUAGAGCGGAGGUGCUGGCCCAGCCAGAUGAUAAGGCCAAGUGGGACAAAGUAUUGGGCUAUCUAGAGGUGUUGAGCAAGGCCUGGAUGGAGGAGCGCCAGGCAAGCUGGAGCCAGGAUGUAGCGUUGAGUGCCAUGCGGUCCGGGUUUAGGGAUUUUGCGCGCGAAAUCGUCACCAACAUUGGGGGCGAAGUCAAACAGUUGAGGGACAACGUAGGGAAGUUUUGUGAGGGCGCCAUUCAGGGUGCCAAAGCUGCAGCCGCUGUAGAAGGAGAGGGCAGACCCCGUAAGGACCCAGUGAAACUUAAGUUCCCAGACGCGUACGGGGGAAAGAAGGACGAGAACUUUGACAACUGGGAGGCUAGUGUCAAUAGUUAUAUUUACUUACAGCACAUCCCGACGGAGGAACAAGUCCUCGUGGCCUUCCAGGCCCUCAAAGAUGAAGCGGCUAGUUUCGCCAGGUCUCUUGCGCGUACAGCCGGUUGUGAAAACAACCUGGUUGCAUAUUCCAAAGUCACUCCUCUUUCCCAAUUCCUCAAGCUCCUCAAGGAGCGGUUCGCUGACCCAACGCGAGGCAUUAGAGCCUCUGACAAGCUCCAAACGAUCCACUCCCGACAGUGGAGGAGUGCCAAGUCACUCAAGGGUACCAUGGACGACUUGGUAACCGUCCCGGACCACGGGGUCACUGAGCCCCAGUUGGUCCAGUUGUUUUAUCGUGCCAUUCUAGAGGCCCUACGCGGGCAUUUCUUUGACAAAUCUCAGCAGGCCGGCAUGACUUACGAUGCAUUGAGUAGAAAAGUCGUCCUGUAUGAGUUGAAGUCUAUGCCAAUUACCACUUUCUGGCAUAAGGACCUGAAGAAGGUGAAGAAGUGGAAAGAUCGUACCAUCUCGGGCCAAGUCAAGGCCAAGGAUCACUUGAUCCUGACAUUAGAGGAGGGUGGUACAGAAGAGGUCCCAUAUGAUCAGAUUGAUAGAGUAGGGGCCCUUAUAGACUCAGGGGCUACCCAUAGUUACAUUAGCCGUAGGGCGCUGAAGAAGCUGAGGCUAGGACUAAAAGUCCAGAAGUUAGUAGACCCCAUAGUCAGUGUCCUCGCAGACAACCGCACGAUGCGAGUUGAGGACUACGUAGAGGGAGUCCAGGCGUACUUUCGCCUAGAGAAGGAUGAGAAGGUGGAGAAAGUUCUCCAUUCCUUGACUCUCCUCGUAGAAGAUGACCUUCCUUUUGAUAUAGUGUUGGGAAUGGAUUGGGGAGAGGCAGCAGGGGCCACACUUCAUUUGAGAGAGCAUGAGUGUAGGCUCCCUAGUCCGGCAGGCGAAGUUAAGACUGCCCGCUUGUUCCAUGUGUCGGGUGUAGACAACACCUUGGCACAUUGCUGUCUCAGUGCUCCCGCGUUCGCGCGAUUAGUCAAAAAGGAGCAGUUAGAAGACCAGGUCUUUGUAGUUUAUGUUAGACCUGUCACUGAGGCCCAGGAAAAGGAUAGCUCCACAGAUCCAACAAUUGCCAAGUUGCUGGAAGAAUUUAAAGACUUGACUGAGUCGCCGACAGGAGUAGUGUCGCGACCCAUUCAGCACAGGAUAGAGAUAGAGCCUGAGAGUAGAACUCCUAAGGGUGCAGUCUACAGGAUGUCCCCUAGAGAGUUAGAGGAACUUCGCAAGCAAUUAGACGAACUCCUUGAGAAAGGUUGGAUCAGGCCCAGUUUGUCUCCUUUUGGAGCACCCGUUUUGUUUGUCCCCAAGAAGGAAGGAGAGMUGAGAAUGUGUAUAGACUAUAGGGGUUUGAAUGCGAUCACCGUGAMGAAUGMUGAGCCGCUGCCCAGGAUAGACAAUCUUUUAGAUCGGGUGCAGGGUUGUAAGUAUUUCUCUAAGAUAGACUUAAAGUCCGGAUACCAUCAGAUAGAAGUACAUCCUGAUGAUCAGUACAAAACGGCAUUCAGGACUAGAUAUGGGCAUUAUGAGUUUGUAGUGAUGCCCUUUGGACUAACCAACGCGCCAGCUACUUUUCAGCGUUGUAUGAAUGACCCGUUUAGACCAUGGUUAGAUAAGUUUGUAAUAGUCUAUCUAGACGAUAUCCUAGUUUUUAGUAAGACCCUCCAGGAGCAUCAGGGUCAUCUGAGGCAGGUCUUGGAGAAGCUUAGAGAGGCUAGUCAUCUGAGGCAGGUCUUGGAGAAGCUUAGAGAGGCUAACUUCAAGAUCAACGCGAAGAAGUGCGAGUGGGCCAAGACGCAAGUUUUGUACUUGGGCCACGUAUUAGACGGAGAUGGCAUCAAGCCAGAGGACAGCAAGAUCGCAGCGAUUAGAGAUUGGCCGACGCCCCGCACAUUGACAGAGUUGUGGUCGUUCCUAGGCUUAGCUAACUACUAUAGGAAGUUCGUGAGGAACUUCUCCACUAUCGCCGCUCCCUUGCACCGAUUGCUGAAGAAAGAGGCAAUCUGGCAAUGGGACAAAGACUGUACGUCUGCGCUCAAGAAGCUAAAGCGCGCGUUAAUAGAGUAUCCUGUCCUCAAAGUUGCAGAUCCGUCUUUGCCAUUUAUCCUCACCACGGACGUGAGCCAGUUUGGGAUAGGCGCCGUGUUGCAGCAAGACGACGGCAAUGGCUAUAGACCCGUAGAGUUCAUGUCAGCGAGGAUGCCCUGUGAGAAGGUUGCUGCCUCCACGUACGAGAGAGAACUCUACGCUCUCAGGCAGGCUUUAGAUCAUUGGAAGCACUACCUGCUUGGGAGGCACUUCAAAGUGUAUUCGGACCACGAAACGCUUAGAUGGUUAAAGACUCAGGCCAAGAUGACACCUAAGUUGACUAGGUGGGCCACAAAGAUAGACCAAUUCGACUUUGAGCUCAAGCCAGUGAAGGGCAAGUACAAUGUAGUGGCGGAUGCUCUAAGUAGGAGAUCAGACUACUUUGGAGCCGUAGUACAUUAUCUGGAUAUAGGGAGAGACAUGCAGGAGAAAGUGAAACAAGCGUAUACGCAGGACCCUAUCUAUAGCGACCUCCUAAAGAGAGUUAGAGAGGCCCCAGAGACCGAACCAGAUUACCGCACUACAGAAGGGUUGCUGUUUGAGAAGACUAAUGUGUUUGACCGCCUGUGCGUUCCCAACAGCGAAGAGAUUCGUAGUCURAUUCUAGGGGAAUGUCACGAUACUGAGGGACACUUCGGUUGGCAAAAGACGUUAGCCAAUCUGAUGCGUGCGUACACAUGGCCAGGGAUGAAGAACGACUGCAUAGAGUAUGUCCGCAGUUGUAAAUUGGUAGGCCUGUCGUAGGUCCAUAGGCAGCAGGGGUUCGAUCUGUAGGUCUAUAGCGUAGGAGUCUUAGUGAG